AUGUCAAAACCUUCGAUCAUCUUCAUUCCCGGCUCGUACGUUCUGUUGCCGGUCUACCAACCGCUCUUCGAUGCCGUCUCCAAGGCAGGCUAUGAGAUCAAAGGCAUCCAUCCGCCCACCGUCGGGCUAAGCAGCCGGCAAGGCAGAGAUGGCCCGGCACCUUCCAUGUACGACGAUGCGGCGGUGAUCGCACAGGAGGUCGAGAAACUCGCAGACCAAGGCAAAGACGUGAUUCUAAUGGGCCACUCGUAUGCUGGUAUUCCGAUGUCCCAAAGCACAAAAGGACUGGGGAAAGAGGAGAGGAAGGCGCAAGGCAAACCCGGAGGGAUCGUUCAGCUCGCUUACAUAUCCUGCCUUGUCCCUGCUAUUGGAGAUUCAGCUGUGUCUCUCCUGAGCAGGUUUCCCAACGAGAAAAGGCCUCUCGUCUCCAUUGAUGAAAAUGGCUGGAUGCUAAUGGAGGAUCCGGCAGCGACCGCUGGAACGAUUUGUCAGAAGUUGCCUCCUAAGGAGGGCGAGGCUAUCGUCAGGGACUUUGCAAAGCAUUCGGCGCAGAGUUUCGGCAACGAAUUAACAUUCGCUGGAUACAAGGACAUUCCAGCAUCGUACUUGUCGUGCGAGGAGGACUUAGCCGGUCCUCCUGAUCUUCAGAGAGAGAUGAUUGCUAUGAUUGAGAAAGCGAGCGGUCGAAAGGUUGAUGUCACGAGCAUUAAGGCGGACCAUUGCCCGAAUUUGACCGCCGAGAAGGAGACGAUUGAAUGGGUUCUGAACGUCGCCAAGAAGGAACAAGAGAGCCAGCAAGCCGCUUGA